GCCUUCGCAGCUCGAGGCGGCGGCGGCGGCGGGACGAUGGAGGGCGCUUCCUUCGGAGCCGGGCGGGCGGGCGCGGCGGUGGAGCCCGCGGAAUUCGCCAAGCGGCCCCAGACCCUCCUCAGGGUCAUCGCCGGGGUGUUCUCUAUUGUGGUGUUUGGCUCCAUCAUCAACGAGGGUUAUGUGAACACAGAUAAGUCCCCGGUGCUGCACUGCAUCUUCAACAGCAAUGAAGGCGCCUGCAACUAUGGCAUCGCAAUAGGACUGCUGGCUUUCCUGGCCUGCAGCUUCUUCCUGGUGAUGGACCUCUACUUCCAGCAGAUCAGCAGUGUGAAGGACAGAAAGCGUGUUGUCCUCUUGGACCUUGGCUUUUCUGGCUCCUGGUCCUUCCUCUGGUUUGUGGCAUUCUGCUUUCUCGCCAACCAGUGGCAGCGGACCCCUGCCAGCAAAGGGGCAUCCCAAGGAGGAGAUGCUGCCCGAGCAGCCAUUGCCUUCUCCUUCUUCUCCAUCAUUUCCUGGGUUGCCCUGACUGUAAAAGCCCUCCAAAGAUACCGGAUGGGGACUGACAUGUCUCUCUUUGCCACGGAUCAGUUUGGCCCCGAUCCCAUGACAGGAUAUCCGGGACACCCUCCCACUAGCAGUGGCAUCGAAAGCACAGAAACCUAUCAGAGCCCACCAUUCUCCGACACCCUGAACACCAGCCCCAAAGGUUACCAGGUGCCAGCUUACUGAAAGGGCAGGUGACCCUCUCCCAAACGGGGUUUCAGAGCAAACCGAAACCAGACCCAGAAAAAUGGGCUGACAUACCACAAGGUGCAAGUAUAGUCAACAGAUUGGUUGCAAGUGUAUUCAAAAGUACUUUCCUUUUUUUUUUUUUUUACAUGUGGCGAGUUAUGUGCUGGGUUAAACUUACUCUUAGCUAAUGGUGCAGUGAAUUCUGUACAGUGGUUCUUGUCUUAUCUGUCCAAGGAUAUUUUUAUAUUAAAAAGAAAGAGAAGGGCAACAGUGUUCCCUCUAAGCAGGAAACUCUAGAAAAGCUGUAACUCCCAUUUCCCUGACUACAGUGGCGUUUACUCAUGUGACACUUGGCUGCAAGUGCACACAAAACCUGGCAAGACACAGGGGCGCUGGAGAGGUGUGGGUGCCCCCCCCCAAACAAGAUGAUCAAAGCCCUAUUCCUUGUUUGUAGGUGUCAUGAAUACCCAAGGGGCCAGCCAGAUAGAGUGCCCAUCUCUCCUGGCCAGCUAGUACUUCAAGUACUUCCAAGGUAAUCCAAAAAAAUAGUUCUCCCAGAUACCCUUAGAAGUCACUGUCUUCUCUUUCCCUCCUUUUCCAUUUUCUUUACUCCUAGAAAGAACUUAGAACUAAGUUAAAAAGGAAUGUGCCAAAUUAAAGUACCAGAAAGAAUAGCUGUCUAUUCUAAUAUCUUCUCUGAUGUACAGUUGGGUGUAUAUAAGUGCUAUACUUGGGACAAUAAAUGUGUAUAUAUAUGCUGCACAUGUGUUUCUGGUAUUCCAGGACACUUUGUUGUUUAAAUUGUGCACUUAAAAAGCUAAACCUUAUUCCAGACAGGAAUCAAACCAAUAGAAGUCCUUCAACAGCAAGAAAUGUAGCAUUUGGCCAACUUAGGUGCCAUCUCAAGAUUUGGUGGCUCCUCUUCUUUGAAGAACCAUCUUUCUUUUUGAGAAAUCAGAAAGGGGAGGGAAAGUUGGGAGGAUACACAAAGACAACAGUGGAGUCUUGAUUCCACACACUGGGUGGCCCUCAGAUAUUGGGGUAAAGAUUACUGACAUUUGGCAUGCUCUUUUUCAACAUGAAUGAGACCAAAAUGUUGUUCCUGCCACCCCUUUAAAAUAGCCAUGUCUCAUGUUGAGGCUACCUAUACUUUCCUCUGAAACAAAUAUCCAUGUUGGCAUAAUAAGCAUUAUAACAUUGAGAAAAUUCUCUCUUUCCUUUGCAACUCAAGUAACUGUUUCAUAGGGACAGUGAGAUCCUUAAGUUUCAAAAGCAAAAAUAUUCAUAAUAUAAUCCCCCCAUAAAGGACCAGAAAUACUGAAGGCAACAGAACAUGGGUUUUGGGUUUGAGGUGACUGAGGUGAUAUAAAACAAAGAUAAUGGAAACAGUUUUUUAUAGGAAAAAGAAAUUAUUCUAAAUAAUUUCAGCUGCAAUAGGGGACUGUGGUCGCAGGAUCCUCCUGCAGAGACAGGUGUCCCAGUAUUCUUUUAAAGAUCUAAAUGUAGACUUUUCCAAGUGCAAAAAAACAUGAAAGUGGGAUAAUGUAUAUUUUAGCUGCCUCAGAUAUCUUGGAGCAGGAGAGGCAGAAACCAAACAGAAAUAGUAAAUAACCAAUACACUAAAUUUUCAGAGACUGUUAAAAUGGCCAUGGUCGUAUUUCAGCCUUAAAACACACCAGAUUUGAUUUUGUAAGGUGAGCAAGUCAGCCUUGGCAGUUCAAAAACAGUGCAAGACUGAAGAUGUUUUUAAAACAGGGUAGAAUUGAAGCAAUACAGUAUUUUCCUUAGAGAGAACACUGCGACAUUAGCAGCCCACAAAACUUGUGUUUCAGCAUUUUAGGAAGAAACCCUGCAGAUUCAGCAGCAGUCUCAGAAGCAGAAUUAUUAAAUAUUUAAAUGUUUCUCUCGAUUGUACGUGUGAAAUAAAUGUCUGUUCAGUAGUAUACUUUUUUCCUAACUAUAAAGAAACCCUUUUCAAACUACCCUUGUGCUAACUGUAAGGAAAAAAAAAGAAAAAACGGGCGAUUAUGUUCUGUCAGAGUGGUAGAAACGUCUUGGUCACUGUUAAUGUGCUAUAGAUUACCGUUCUGAAUGUAUGCACGUGCUGCCUACGCAUGUAUUUCCUUCCUUUCAGCCUCCUGAGCUUAAGGGGAGAGGCGGGAAGCAGUUCGGUGGCUUGGACAAAGCUGUGUCAAUGUGCCAUGCAGCGUUCACAACUCAGGCUGGCACUGAAAGCGGAAUGGACUAAAAUAGACGGGUGUUGUGUGUGCGUGUGCAGCAGCGGAACCAGCCUAACCCAAAGUAUCGGCCUUGGCUCAAGCCAGAAGCUCCGCUGCGCCCACUUCAGCCCAAUUCUGGCUCAGGGGGACGGAGCAAGAUCACCCCAAGUUGGUGGCUGGGCCGGCACUGCACUGGAAGCGGCUGCUGGUGGGCUGGAAGUGUGGGAGCUCCGGAUCCCCCUCCCCACGCCCGUCAAGGGCCAAGCGGCUGACGACAUCAAGGCACAAUUCCUCAGCACAAACUUGUAGCAAAUGGGUCAGAGCAGCCAUGUUGCAUUCUGUGGCAAUCCUUUCCUUAGCUGUGGUGAAAAUGGCAGUUUUUUCUCACUGGGGGCUUCAUCCUGAACAACUUCCUACCCACCCACCCACCGACCCCCCUGCAAAUAUAAUCUGUUAUGUUAGGAUUGUCCCAGUUCCAAAACUCUUUUGUGGGGCUGUUAUAACUUUCCCAAAUAAUGUUCUAAAAUGAGAGCUCCAGUGCACCCGAUUUGCUCUUGGGAAGCCAAAAGGUUUCCACCCUGCCCAGAAUCAGGCUUUACACCCGUCAUGUGGCCUUUGCCCACCGUCAAAGGUGUGAGAGGGGCAGGGUCUGCCUCCACAGCUGAAGCAGCCAUACAAGCCACACAAAUGCCGCCUAAGCAGGACGACCCACAAGACAAGUAGUAGGCUAAGCUUUUUGGGUGAUAGGGGAGCAGAGCCAGACCCAAACCCUCCAUGAUGCUCUUGGCCCCAGCCAGGUCCACAGCUGCAGGUCCUGGAGGCCAUAAGAGCAGCUCACCUGCAAGUAUUUUCUUCACUCCCCGUUCAGUCCUCCAUGGAUAGAUGUGGCCAGGGCUGCAUAUCCCUUCCUUUUUUGAAUUCAUUUCCUACUCCUUUUCACUCUUCUGUCUUUGAAUUCCAAGACAAAAUCCCAAGCGUACAUUUACACACUGCCAAAAUAGUACCCAUCCUCUCCUGCCGCUUUCCUUCUGCAGAAAAGAAAAGAUCCCAAACGCAAUCCAAGGACCCCUGCCAUCGGCCUUUCUUCCUUUGCUUUUUUCCAGCUCUAUCUCAACCUGCAAUUGUCCCAGAGCACUGCAGGGAUGGAGGGGCAUGACGACACAAACCAUCACCACUUCAGACGGGGAGGUGGUUCCUGUGGAGUUCCAGGCAGGGACACAGGUGCCCCAAGGCCAAUACAGCUUGAACUGGAGCCUUUUGGGGCAGCUGGAAGUCUCCCGAGCAGCAGCCUCAGCCCACCCAGCAGCCCCUUUUACAUCCCAGCAAGCGGCAAGUUGGCAUUUCAAGGAUGACAUUGUGUUGUUAAUGCUGCAGAAGCAGAAACCGGUUAAUUCUCCCUUUAGAUCAAUCCCAGCUGCAAAAGGCCUCCCUUUUCAUGGCCCAGCACUUUGGCCUUCUCUUGCCCAAGCAAGAAAACCUUGUUUUGCCUGAGGAGUCCCUCAUUCAAUGCAGAGCAGGCGGCCAAUUUCCCCAGACAGGAUUCCUACCUGCAGUAGGUUCCAGUUCCCCUUAACCCCAGCAACCAUUUUGUGUCCUGCCAAACGACCACAAUUGGCAGAGGCCUGGUUGGAGGGGAGCGAUCCCUGUACAAGAGAGAAAAGUCUGGAAUUGCUGCAAUGCCAUUUUGGCUUCUCCUUGUUUCUUGUCAAGGUUAAUUCGGAGUUCGAAGAGGCUUCCAUUUAUCAUCAACAGCAGGAAAAAAGUUGCCACUUUAAGUAAUCCAACAUGCACUGUGACAGAAAAGUGGACCAUGUGAAUUUUUUUUAAUGUUUACAUUCUUAUGUAUAUAAUUAUAGGUAUACAUUUUGAACAACAGAUUAGUCUGUGAUUGUGCUAAUUUAACUGUUGGUGUUGCAAUUACAACUUAUUUUCCAAUAAAGAGCUUAAAAGGAA